UGCGCCUGCGUCCUGCUGAGGCGGGCACAGAGCAGCUAUUGUUAGCCCACAGGUUGUCUCACACUUGAUCCGCGUCUACCUGUUGUCUCUUUAUCGCUGUUGUUUGCUUCAAAAGUCGAGAAGCCAGCCGCGGCUAGGUGAGACAAGGGAAAGGUGUCCUCGGUGGGAAUUAAGGAAGGAAGUAAGGAAGAAAAAAGCGCUCGACGCGGAAACAAGGAAGUAAAUAAGAGCGAGGAAGAUUGUUGGUCUUCAACAGGUUCAAAUGUUUUAGCGGUACCGACCAGCAAACGACAAAGAAAAUGCCGCUGGGGCCGUGGAGGAAGAAAAACAAGUCGCCCAAGGAGCACCUGGUGGACAACGAGGAGGUCGUUGGCGGUCAAGCAGGUGCCGGGGGCUCGCUCACUAAAUCCGCCGUCAAUGGCGCCGGGCUGCCGCCUCCGCCCGCCAACCUGCGGCCCAAACUGGUCUUCCACACGCAGCUGGCCCACGGAAGUCCCACCGGCAGGAUCGAGGGCUUCACCAACGUCAAAGAGCUGUACGCCAAGAUAGCAGAUGCCUUCAAUAUCAGCCCACCAGAGAUCCUCUUCUGCACCCUCAACACCCACAAGAUUGACAUGGACAAGCUGCUGGGGGGCCAGAUCGGCCUGGAGGACUUUAUCUUUGCCCACGUCAAAGGGAUCAAGAAGGAGGUGGAAGUGUUUAAGUCUGAGGACGCCCUCGGCCUCACCAUCACUGACAACGGAGCAGGAUAUGCCUUCAUCAAGCGCAUCAAGGAGGGCAGCGUGGUGGACAAGGUGAAGGUGAUCUGCGUGGGCGAUCACAUCCAGUGCAUCAACAGUCGCAACAUCAUCGGCACGCGGCACUAUGAGGUGGCCCGCAUGCUCAAAGAGUUACCUCGAGAUGAGACCUUCACCCUCAAGCUGGUGGAGCCCAUGAAGGCCUUUGAAAUGCUGGAGCCCAGGUCCAAGACAGGUAGCAAGCCCAGUGGUGACGGCAAGAUCGCAAACGGCAAGGGAACGCUAAGACUUCGCUCCAAGGGACCAGCGACGGUAGAAGAUGAGCCAACAGAGUUUGAGGAGAAAGCAGUGAAGAAGGUGGAUGAUCUACUGGAGAGCUACAUGGGCAUCAGAGACACUGAACUUGCUGCCACCAUGGUGGAGGUGGGCCGGGACAAGAAGAACCCGGACGAGUUUGCCAUGGCAUUGGACGAGACGCUCGGCGACUUUGCUUUCCCAGACGAGUUUGUCUUUGACGUUUGGGGUGCCAUUGGAGAUGCCAAGCACGGGAGGUUCUAACCCCCCCCCCCCAACACACACCUCCUCUUUUUAUCCUAUUACACCUUUUUUAAUCCCAGAGGAAGCUCAAGUGGUGAUAGUGAGGACUGGUAAAGGUCUGUGAAACGUGCACUUACCCCCUUUCUCCUACACGGUACCUAAUCUUUAAAUGCGUUUUUAACUCUUGCUAGCUGUGUCAUUUGGAAUGCCAAGAUCACGCAGCUUUUUAGCGCUUUUUUUCAUAAGAGUUGUGGGAGUUGUUUGGCGCAAUGGUUGAAGUCCACGGUGCCAUGUCUUUCCUGGUAUGGAGCCUUGCAGCACACAAAUAGUGAAAAAAAAUCAUAGAUUCAAAUGUCUUCACACUGCUGGACUUUGUAGUCCUUGGCUGGUUUCUGUCUUCACCUCACUUAUUUAGGCAUAAAUAAUCUGUUGUAAUACACGGAAAUGUCUGGAAUGUGAUAAGCUCCAUCCAAAGUCUCACAUGCAUGGACACCAAACUUAUUCAUUUGCUGAACAUAUUUUCUUCUUAAACUUAAAUUGAGACAAGCAAUCCUGUUUAGGUCAAUCGUUACACUAAACGAUCAAAAAAAUAUCUACAUCUUAGCUACUUAGCUACUAUCUUAUCUACACACACAAUUGGAUUGUUCAUCAUUCCUUUCCUGUUCUAAUAUUACCAUCACAUUUGCCAUCAGUGGUACCUUUCUGUGGUGGCAUUCCAAAAGAACCCAAAGGAAAAGCAAAGUACACUUGAUUAUUAGUAUUCAGCAUGCGGUUCUGGGGCCAUUUAAGGCCUGCAGCACAUUAUAAAAAAAAACAUCUUAAAGACGAAAACACUACCACUACUACUACUAAUAAUAAUACGCUGUCACUUCCAACAUGAAGCUGCAGGCUGUUUUUUUUCCCUUGAAAAUAAAGUCAUCCCUCGUUUAUAUCAGUUGGUUCCAGACCCGACUGCGAUAUAAGA